ACAGGAAGAUAAAUAUUCCACUAGCAUUAGAGUAGGCAUUAGAUACCCUACCUAAUCUAAUCAUAGUAAGUAGUAAGCAUCUACCUAUGAGGUUAGGACUCUGCUCAAGGACUCAUCCACAACCUAGGUCAUCCUUUCUUCCUCACUCUCGUAUACUCGGAACCCCAUCUCUCUCCUCUUAUUCUCCCAUCUCAUUUCCUCGAAAGCGUUUCACCUUCUCAGGUCUCUCUCUCUCUUUCACACUCACACACACACACAAUCCCCCACAAUUUUCCGUUCUUGUAUUCUCUGGAGUUGAGGGAGAAAGAAAUUAUUUUACGCGCUCAGAAUCUUGAUUAUAAAAGUGAGCAGCAGCUAAGUGCAGCAUAUAUGGAUUUAAGGAAAGAAUUUCCAGAAUUGAAGAGAAACCUUUAUCCGGAUAUAGAACCAUAUAGUACAGGGUUUUUGAAGGUUUCCGAUCUUCACACAAUCUAUUGGGAGCAAUCAGGAAAUCCAAAUGGGCAUCCAGUUGUUUUUCUCCAUGGGGGUCCAGGUGGUGGAACAUCACCAAGUAAUCGGAGAUUCUUUGAUCCUGAAUUUUAUCGGAUCAUUUUAUUUGAUCAGCGAGGUGCUGGUAAGAGUACACCCCAUGCUUGCUUGCUGGAGAACACAACAUGGGAUCUAAUUGAAGACAUUGAAAAGCUAAGAGGACACCUAGAAAUUCCAGAAUGGCAGGUGUUUGGUGGGUCAUGGGGAAGCACACUUGCUCUUGCAUACAGCCAAUCACAUCCUGAUAAGGUUACUGGAAUUGUGCUUAGAGGGAUCUUUUUGUUGCGGAAGAAAGAGAUUGAUUGGUUUUAUGAGGGUGGUGCUGCAGCCAUAUUCCCUGAUGCUUGGGAGCUAUUUAAGGAUCUUAUUCCAGAGAAUGAAAGAGGAUGUUUUAUCGAGGCCUACCAUAAGAGAUUAAACUCCGAUGACAAUGAAACACAAUUUGCGGCUGCCAGGGCAUGGACCAAAUGGGAAAUGAUGACUGCUCAUCUUCUUCCAAGUGAGGAGACCAUAAAGAGAGGGGAUGAUGACAACUUUUCUCUGGCAUUUGCGAGGAUUGAGAACCACUACUUUGUAAACAAGGGAUUCUUUCCUUCGGAUUCAUACCUGUUAGAUAACAUUGAAAAGAUCAGGCAUAUAAAUGCUGUAAUUGUACAGGGAAGAUAUGACGUUUGCUGCCCCAUGAUGUCAGCAUGGGAUCUUCAUAAAGCUUGGCCACAGGCGGAUUUUAAGGUGGUUCCAGAUGCAGGACAUUCUGCUAACGAGCCAGGAAUAGGAGCAGAACUUGUAGCUGCAAAUGAGAAGAUGAAAAAUAUUAUCAACAGAAAUUAGCCCUCAUAUAAUUAAGUGCAUUUCAUGGCACAAAUUUUCCCGCGUGGGAGCAGAGACAAUGAUCACAUAGUGCAGGGUUAUUUUUGAUGCAGUUUUGAUGUCUCAUGGAAUUUGACUCAAUAAUUUUGAACUUUCUUAGAGAAAUGAGAUCUCUGUGGCCAUUGUUGAAUGUGUUAAAACCAUGAAUUACUCUGCUUGCUUCAAUUGUAUCAUUUUCAGUGGAUGGGUGAAUGCAUCCCUUGGAUGAGGCUUUUAAUAAUCAUUUUGGGCUGCCAGACUUAAAAGUAUAUUGCAGGAAAAGCAUAUAGUAUGGUCUAUGGUUAGCUUGUUUCCUAGCAAGGGUUCAGAUAAGAAGCUGUGUAGUUCUUGUAUUGACCACGACAAAAGAUGAGCAAAUUGCGUGAUAGACUUGUGAAUCUCAGGUGUUUUGUCUUGCACGGUGAC